AACCCAACCGCACCCCUGGCUCCUUGGAUAGUAGUAACGUUACCAACACGGCGAUGACCCACGGACCUUACUAUAACUUCUUGAAUAACUUAUUCGUUUCUCGAUAGCUUCUACUAUAAAAUAGUAGUCAUAGUGCGGGUCUUCUCAUUUUCAGGCUACCAUUUGUCAUAGCUUUUCAAGAAUCCUUUUGACUUACAUGGUAGGUUAUUAGAAUGUUUUGCCGAAAUCAGGUGUCGAGAACCACGGUAGCAAGGGGGUCAGCAUUGGAUCUGGAAAUACGACGACGGGGGCAUUUCAACACUCUUACGGACACGGCACAGGAUGGUGAGGUGCAGCGUCAGAUAGACCGCGAGGUGCGGAUGCGUGAGGGGGCCAGUAAGCUGCUGGCUGCGUGUUCCCAGAGAGACCAGGCCCUGGAGGCCUCCAAGAGCCUGCUCACCUGCAACACCCGCAUCCUGGCCCUGCUCAGCCAGCUGCAGAGGAUGAGGGAGGCCCAGGUCCUGCAGAGAGUAGGCCACCGGUCCUGUAUUGGUGGGUCACUGGAUGAGAGGCUGCCCUGCAUGGGUCAUGUGGCCAUCUCAGACCUGCGUAUCCCACUCAUGUGGAAAGACUCGGAGUACUUCAAGAGCAAAGGAGAGCUGCAUCACUGUGCUGUGUUCUGUCUGCUCCAGUGUGGCAGAGAGAUCUAUGACACAGACCUGGUGAUGGUGGACAGGACUUUGACUGACAUCUGCUUCGAGGACACCAUCAUAUUUAAGGAGGCGAGCCCGUGCUUUGAGCUCCGUGUGGAGCUGUACAGUACCUGUGUGGUGGAGGACUUCUCUCCGGGCCCAGGGGCACUAGGACCCAGGAGACAUAACCGCCUCAGCAGCUCCCUGGGCUGCACCUCUGGGAGGAGGAUCAGGGCAGCUCUAGAGUCUGCAGCCUGUGGUACCAUACCCAACGUAGAGGGAGGUGAUGGAGGAGGAGGGUCUCCACCACCUCUGCUGCCUGCUCUCUGUACAGAGGGGCCAAAGUAUCACCUUCUGGCCCACACCACACUGACAAUAGCACAUGUUCAGGACAGCUUCAGAACACACGACCUGUCCAUAUCAGCCACAGAGGACAGUGCAUUCUGGCUGCCUCUCUAUGGCAGUGUGUGUUGCCGUCUGGCCGCCCAGCCUCUCUGUAUGACCCAGCAGGUUAUCAGCGGCAGGAUCAAACUUGAGAAGGAGCCUGAGUGCUGGACUGACAUCUACGGUGUCCUCAAAGGGACAAGUCUUAUCUGUUACCACAGUCAAGAGAGCAUGGUUGCCCAAGAGGAGCCGUUAUUCACCAUCGCCAUCAACAAGGAGACCCACAUCCAUCUGUCCGAGAGAGGGCCUCUGCACCAUACCCAGAGUAUAUCUAUCAGCACACACACCCGAGGUGACGAAGCUGUCACACACACUCUGGUCACACACACACCCCAGGACACACAGCGCUGGAUGGAGGCCUUCUGGCAGCACUUCUAUGACAUGAGUCAGUGGAAACAGUGUUGUAAUGACCUGAUGAAGAUUGAGGUACCCUCUCCUAGGAAAUCCCAUUUGGUCACAGCGAAGCAGGGGUCGCUUUACCACGAAAUAGUUGAAGGACCCUCCAUGAUUGCCAGGUUGUCCCAGUCAAGGGGACCAACAUCAGGCAACUGCAUCAUCCAAGACAGGAUCCAACUCUUACCAAACUCCAGCACCCCCCCACCACCCAAUUGUACUCCUGCUCUUGGGAGUGACGUGCAGUGACACCCACCUCUCCCAUGACACAGUGUCUCUGUACUGUACCUAUCCCUGUCCUGUAAUAGCACGAAACAGCCACAAGAGCUAGCCACUCCUCUCCAGGAACACAUACAGGAACGCCACAAAUUGGGGGCUGCAAUCACACACUUUUGCUAAUUGUAGCAUUCCACACUCUUGAGUUAUUCUGGUAAUGAAGCUUUGACCUUUUCUAGUCCAGACUCAAUGUUUUAUAGGACAUUUGGCUCUUCUCUUUACUUGUCCAAACCCAAUCGGCUUUUAAAUGCCGUUAAUUGAUUUUAAAGGUUCAAAAUAUGUUGGUAUGAUUUUGGUACUUAGUCUUACUUUUUUUUUGCCUUCUCUCUUCCUAUUUAAAUUAGUUUUGUUUCGGACACAAAAAUUCAGGACAAGAUAAUCAAUAUGAUUGCAAAGCGGCGCAUGUAACUCAAACUUGAGGAUGGCAAUAAAAACCUUUAUUUGUAUGUCUUCCGGUCAUGAUUGUUGUCAUGAACUGUCAUCUCCUUCAGUGGCAUGUCAACGCUGUCAUUGAUGGCUACCCAAAUUGUUGUCAAUAUUCACUGUUCUGCAGUUCAUGUAUGAACUAAUUAAGGACCAGUGCAGUCAAAACGUGACUUUCAUGUGCUUUAUAUAUACAGUACCAGUCGAAAGUUUGUGCAAAGCUGUCAUCAAGGCAAAGGGUGACUACUUUGAAGAAUCUCAAAUAUAAAAUAUAUUGAAAUGUUUUACACUUUUUUUGGUUACUACAUGAUUCCAUAUGUGCUAUUUCAUUGGUUUUGAUGUCUCUUAUUCUACAAUGUAGAAAAUAAUACAAAUAAAAACCCUGGAAUGAGUAAGUGUGUCCAAACUUGACUGGUACUGUAAUUCAUAACUGUGAGGUUGGACUAAUACUGUGGAAUUGUGAAAAUGAUAAUGCCAUUUUAGUGUAAGAGCUGUCUGAAAAGACUGAAAUUUCAACCUGUUUUGGUGGGAUGGAGUUUUGGCCUGCCUGGUAACGUUAAUAGAAUAAUAAGAAAGAGUUCCAAACCUCUCUGCCAAUAACGGCAAAUAUUCAAUUUUCUCCUACUCACUCAGAACACUCCCAGACAGUCCUGCCAAAAUUCUUGCCGGAGAAAAUAAAUGUGUUUAUUUUUGACCAUUUGAAUUGAAAACAAUCACUAAUGUAUUUCAUUAUUACCAGGAAAUUAUUUGAUACUGAGGAUAAAAAAAAGCUGCAUUGGAUCAUUAAAGUAUUUACUGUGCUAGACCUAGGGAUAUUCUUUGCUAUAUACAGUGCAAUCGGAAAGUAUUCAGACCCCUUCACUUUUUCCGUACAGCUCAGAGACAUGAUUGUGUCGAGGCACAGAUCUGGGGGGUUGGUACCAAAACAUGUCUGCCGCAUUGAAGGUCCCCAAGAACACAUUGCCCUGUAUCAUUCUUAAUUGUAAGAAGUUUGGAGCCACCAAGAGACUUCCUAGAGCUGGCCGUCCGGCCAAAUUGAAAAGGGUUUUGGUCAAGGAGGUGACCAAGAACCCGAUGGUCACUCUGACAGAGCCUUCCAGGUGGGGGAGCCUUCCAGAAGGACAACCAUCUCUGCAGUGCUCCACCAAUCAGGCCUUUAUAGUAGUGUGGCCAGAUAGAAGCCACUCCUCAGUAAAAGGCACGAGACAGCUUGCUUGGAGUUUGCCAAAAGGCACCUAAAGGACUCUGAACAUGAGAAACAAGAUUGAACUCUUUGGCCUGAAUGCCAAGUGUCACGUCUGGAGGAAACCAGGCACCACUCAUCACCUGGCCAAUUUAAAAAUAUAUAUUUUACCUUUAUUUUACUAGGCAAGUCAGUUAAGAACAAAUUCUUAUUUUCAAUGACGGCCUAGGAACAGUGGGUUAACUGCCUGUUCAGGGGCAGAACGACAGAUUUGUACCUUGUCAGCUCGGGGAUUUGAACUUGCAACCUUCCGGUUAUACCAUCACUACGGUGAAACAUGGUAAUGGCAGCAUUGUGUUGUGGGGAUGUUUUUUCAGGAUCAAGGGAAAGAUGAAUGGAGCAAAGUACACAGAUCCUUGAUGAAAACCUGCUCAGGACCUCAGACUGGGACUAAGAUUCCAUUUCCAACAGGACAAUGACCCUAAGCACACAGCCAAGACAAUGCAAGAGUGGCUUUGGGACAAGUCUUUGAAUGUCCUUGAGUGGUCCGGCCAGAGCCCGGACUUUAACCCAAUCGAACAUCUCUGGAGACACACUCCCAAUGCAACCUGACAGCUUGAGAGGAUCUGCAGAGAAGAAUGGGAGAAACUCUCCAAAUACAGGUGUGCCAAGCUUGUAAUGUCAUACCCAAGAAGAAUUGAGGCUGUAAUUGCUGCCAAAGGUGCUUCAACAAAGUACUGAGUAAAGGGUCUGAAUAUAUGCAAACAUUAUUUUUUUAAACUGUUUUUGCUUUGUCAUUAUGGGGUAUUGUGUGUCGAUGUAUUAUUUAUUUAUUUUUGUCCAUUUUAGAAGAAGGCUGUAACAUAACAAAAUGUGGAACAAUUGAAGGGGUCUGAGUACUUUUCGAAAGCACUGUACCUGUUGUUAGUGGUAUCAUAGUGGUUCCGAAAUUAAACAAAUACAUUUUGAGAUUUGCUUUACAUAUUUGAACUUUGUGUUCGAAUUAAACAAUCAAGGCCUUUAAACACUUGUUGGACAAUACAUCAAAAUCCCUUUUAUCGAAUCUUACAGAGUUGACAUAAUUCCAGUUAAGUGCAUUUUAAUGUAAAGCUUUUUUUUGAUUAACUUGUUGCUCCUUUACAUGAUGUGGUAGCUGAUACUUUGGUCAAUAAAAAUAUCAAAUAAAAUGCAAAUAUUUCACAUUUUUUUAA